AUGUGGGCAAGCCCGGAGGAGGCCGCUGGGUCCGGGGAAGAGUGGCCAGCGCGCGGGGACCUCGCGGCCCCGCUGCUGCCGUCGACCGGCCGUGCCGCCGCGGCCGCGGAGGGGCGUCGCCGGGAGGCGCUGGGGCCGGAGGUGGUGCUCGGCUCGGGGAGCGGCCCGCCAGACCUGCUCCUCGAGCACGGGCGGGGCGCGCGGCCGCGUGCCCAGAGUGACGGCAGCAGCGGUGGGAAGCCGCGGCCGCGCGCGCACAGCGAUCUGGAGGUGAGGAGAAUCGGCAGCAGCGGCGGGAGGCCGCGUGCCUUCAGCUUCAGGCGCGCCACCAGCGGGGCCACACACUCCUGCAACAUGGGUGGGCUUGGUGGCCCGAAGUCUGGCUGGGAUGAGUUUGGGGACGCCGGUGUUGACCUCUUCAGGCGAGCUAACAGCUACGGUGGCGCAGCAGGGGGACUGGGCUUCGCCAGCGAGGUCGGCAUUGUAGGUGGAACGUUCGACCUGAGCCACAUCAGCCCAGAGCUCGCGAAUGUCGCGCUGAGUAUUCCUGGGGAUGCCGCUGUCGAGGGGGAGUUUUCCAGGCUCACUUCCUGGAGCUCCUCCAGGGAGAGGCUAGACAGUGGAUGGCGCACGACGAUGGAAGAGCCACCGCCACCCUUCUCCUUCACCCCGAAGCACAAGGUCGAGGUGAGGGCUGUCUUGGACAACCAGUUGGCCGAGAAGUGUGCCGACGUCCUCGUCAUCGAUCCGAGCCGCUCCAACUCGUGGAUCCACACCUGGGACAUCCUGUCAGUGGCUACCCUGCUGUUCGUUGCAAUUUUCCAGCCGCUGCAGACUGCGUUUGGUGAACCCGACCUUGUGUGCUUCAGGGUUGUAAACCACAUUAUCUUUGUCAUCUUCUUCGCUGACAUGUGCCUCCAGUUCUUCAUCGCGUACCCGAACAGUGAGCACCCAGACAUCUUCGUCAGGGACCCGCGCGGCAUCGUCAAGCGCUAUCUGAGGUCGUGGUUCGUCGUGGACUUCCUCUCCGCCUCCCCGCUGGAGCUAUACAACUGGGUGACCGGCGGAGGGCGACACAGGGAGAUUCAGUUGCUGAGGUUGCUCCGCCUGGUGAGGCUGCUGCGCCUCACGCACCUGCGCCGCCUGCGGCGCCGCAUGACAUCAAGUGGGGUCCCUCGAACGCGGCCGUGUCGCUGA